AGCGACACAGCAAAGGCGAGGAAACACAAGUGGCUGCUCGCUAGCUGCGGAGCUGUGAACAUCGGGGCUAGCGACAAGAGAAGAGAGAAAACUGGAUCGCCAUCACGGAUUUCUUGUGGGACAAGCGCACGGGCCUCGCUGCUAAAACGCAGAUGCCUCACACUAGACGGUACACGUCUUCGGACAGAGACAGUCGAAACAGCUACCAGGACCGCUACAGAGACAGAGGGCGAAGACACCGGCACAGAAGAUCACCUUCCUACUCCUCCAGCAGUGACAGAGAAAGAGACCGAGACCGAGACAGAAGGGGACGAGGACAGAGACAGGAAGGAAGCUUUGUACGCUCAAGGAGUCGUAGCUUUGAUAAUCGCUCAACGGAACACCGGCCAUUUGACCGAAGAUACUGCGAGGGAUACAGACGCUUGGAUCAGAACCGAGAUCAAGACCGCGACAGAGAAAGGGAACCACAUGGAGCCGCUGAAAGUUACUAUCCACGCAACUUCUCCCCAAACCUGUACGACUACCGACGUGGCCGUGAGAGGGAACGUGAGCGGGACGAGUCGUACCGGCGGAAGGGCAGCAGGCGUAAGCACAAACGAAGGCGACGUAGAACCAGGUCCUAUAGCCCAUCCUCCUCGCGGAGCGACAGCCGGACGAGGGCACUGAGUGUGAGGGACGACGAGGAAGGGCACCUGAUCUGUCGGAGUGGGGACGUCCUGCAAGAGAGAUAUGAGAUUGUCAGCACUUUGGGGGAAGGCACCUUUGGGAGGGUGAUGCAGUGCAUAGACCAUCGCAGGGGAGGAGCCUCGGUUGCUCUGAAAAUUAUCAAAAAUGUGGAGAAGUACAAGGAAGCAGCUCGCCUGGAGAUAAAUGUACUAGAGAAGAUCAAUGAAAAGGACCCUGAUAACAAAUACCUGUGUGUGCAGAUGUACGACUGGUUUGACUACCACGGUCACAUGUGUAUCUCCUUUGAGCUGCUAGCUCUCAGCACCUUCGACUUUCUUAAGGAAAACAACUACCUUCCCUAUUCAAUUGGUCAGGUCAGACACAUGGCCUACCAAAUCUGUCUUGCUGUGAAGUUUCUCCAUGACAAUAAGCUGACACACACAGACUUAAAGCCUGAGAACAUCCUAUUUGUCAACUCAGACUUUACAAUGUCCUUCAAUGUAGAAAAGAAGCGGGAAGAGCGGACGGUUAAGAGCACGGCAGUACGUGUGGUGGACUUUGGCAGUGCUACUUUUGACCAUGAGCACCACAGCACCAUUGUGUCCACGCGGCAUUACCGUGCCCCUGAGGUCAUUCUAGAGCUGGGUUGGAGCCAUCCCUGUGACGUGUGGAGCAUUGGCUGCAUCCUGUUUGAGUACUACCUCGGCUUCACCUUGUUUCAGACUCAUGACAACAGGGAGCAUUUGGCCAUGAUGGAGAGAAUCCUGGGACCAGUGCCAUCUAGAAUGAUUCGUAAGACGAGAAAGCAGAAAUACUUCUAUCGUGGCCGUCUGGACUGGGACGAGAGCUCCUCAGCAGGGAAAUACGUCAGAGAAAACUGCAAACCCUUGCGGCGGUACUUGCUGUCGGAGGCGGAGGAGCACCACCAGCUGUUUGACCUCAUCGAAAGCAUGUUGGAGUAUGAGCCCUCCAAGAGGCUAGUGCUGGCGGACUCACUCAAACACCCUUUCUUUGAGAACGGGGCGAUAAGCGAGGCAGGAAGCAGCAAAAACUGGGAGGGCAACCGGGACAUCAGCCGGUGACCCAUGAGCCUCCAUAGACUGAAUGACAGGGGAGAUCAAGUCUUUUAUAAAUGGAGCAGGUGAACUGUUAAAUUAAACGGAGCUUCUGGUGUUUUCUGUCAUUUGUCAUUAAAGCAUGGACACCUUAACUUCUUGCUCCUCCACCCUGCUCCUCUGACGUCCACCUCUGCAGCCACAAGAGGCAUGUUUUUUGCAGCAGAGACACCAAAACAGCCCUCAAAAGAAUGGAAGAGAGUUGAAAAGAUAAAGCUUUUAUAGCCGUCACAGCCUGAAUAGAGGACAAUUAUAUUGAAGGAUUGUUUGUACCCAAAGUAGCCCUCUAUGCAGCUCCUGUCUUCCUUUUAACUACCUUCCUCCUACCGUCCGUCCGUCUAUUAUUUUCAUCAGCAUGUAAAGAACAUAAUUCACAUUUAUUAGGAAAUAAGCACUACAAACAGAUAACACCAAAAAUUAGUUUUGGAGAAGAAAUGUCUUCCUAUUCUGAAGUCUAAGGAAAGGGUAAAAAGGAGAUGGAGCUGUAUGCAGUGCAAGUCCUCACCCACAUUAUUCUAAACAUGGAGACAUGCAAGAUAUUCCAUUAUGUUAACAUCAAAUUCAAAUUGAAUGUCAUAUAUCCUUGGAAAUUGCAAGUAUCCCCAGUAGAGACAAGUGUCUCGGGUUUAUGUUUACGUUUUUGUUAAGUGAACACUUGCUUUGCAUAUCAUUUUUCAUGUUUCUGUUAAUAUGUCUAAAAGGAUUAUCCCUUAUAUGGAGACUCUUGCCCUUAAUUUGCCAAUGAGAUGAUAAUGGAGACGGACACUCCACACACACACACACACACACACACACACACACACACACAGGCCUCUGUGGCCUGUCUUAUUGACAGUUAUAUGUUUGUUACGUUAUGCAAUGCUUUGUGUGUGUGUUUGUAGGGAUGGGAUGGGAUGGCGUGAGUGAGAUGUUCAUAUUAAUGUUUGGCUCAGUGAAUAGUUCAGCAUUAGUCAUGGGAAUAUUCUUGCAUACUUUUAAACACAAAAUAUAAACUGCCUUUUCCGUGUGUGAUUUGGUCAGACCUGAAGUCUCUCAUUUAGGUUAAGCACACAGCUCCUGGUUGUAGCCAAUGAGACACACACACAACUCCUGUUGCCGCUAUUUAUUUGAUUUGUAAUAGGUCAAAAUCCCCAACCCCCACCUGUACAUGACAUGUUUUUUUUUGUAUGAAAUUAAAGCGUAUAAAACUGUA